AUGGCAUCCCAUCUCCGAACCCUCCUCCUGUCUCCCUCUCGUCUCUCCUUCAAUCUCAUUCUAGAUGACAUUCCUGGUCUGUCCCCGUUGGCGACAGGGGCGCCCCGUGUCACCGGCACCCGUUGGUCUGCAAGCCACUCAAGUUCGCAAAUACAAACAGAGAGCUUCUCUCGCAGGCUGCGCCGUCGGUUCUCGAAAGAAUCCAAAUCCUCCAGGUCGUCCAGUGAUCCACGCGAACUCGGGAAAGGUGGUUUUCCUUUCUCAUUAAGACCAUCCCGAUCCGCUCGGACAAAUCCUGUCAUUGACGUUGCUACACUGGAAGAAUAUGGAAGCAGUCUCAUGAGCGACAGAGUAUACGAUAGCGAUGCGCAGUGUAUUACAACUCCACGUCGCCCCGAUCUCCUCAGGAAACCUCCCCCACUGGCAGGUCAUGGGCUUCGAAGAAUGGAAUUGAGUGAUCUCAUUGAGCGAAGCCAAGAGCGGACUUCUGCAGAACGGUGGGCCAUGAGUGAAAACUCGGCUGCGCCAGCAUCCCAAGAGUCGGCCUUUGGCAUGCGCUUUAUACCAACACCACCAACCUCACUGAGGGGUAUGCCCAUAUCUUUCCACACCCCUCAGGGCACAAAUGAAUACCAGGGUCAGCCUUCACAAGCCUCGGAGCGAAGAAGACAUCAAUUGGCUCUUGACGUGAAACCUAAGUUAAUGAGAUCUCUUCCGUCUUUAUCUUCAACGGCCACAGAGCAUGGGCGUUCGGAUAUUCAAUCUGUGGUCCCAAGCAUGAAGCAAGCUCUGACCAGCCGUCAUGGGAAUGGUGUUGCAUCAUCGGGCUCGCUGUCAGUUCCGUCGCCGGGUUUCAUGGUCCCCAAGGCCAGGAAUCUAUCUUCAGGAACAAGAUCAUUUACAGAUCCCGAUCUGAAUGGUUUCAACGAGCUGAGUAUUUCCAAGAGAGAGGCCUCGCCCGCUCAAUCAUCUGCCCUCAUAUCGGACCAUCCGUCAUUAGCUGAAGUGAUCCACGAAGUACAACAAGGGUUUCUAAUGGCACCCUCUCAAGAACAUGUCCAGAUUCCCCGUGGGCCAGGGAACUCUAUGACAUCGAUCCCGGCCAAUCCUGCUCUAAUGGCUGGCUCCCAUAACGCAUCCUCUUGUUACUCCCGUGGUACCAUUGAGAAGGACGUUCUGUUCAAGCAUGACCUUUCUGGGGAAUUAGGAGACCAAACACCAAUAAUAGACAUUCCGGACCCAAAACCAGAGUUAGGUCAAGCCAGUGGCUCAGCUUCGCCACGCAAAGUCAGCGUUGGCUGGAUGUCGGGUGGUAGACGCGUUGGCUAUGGCUACAGUGCUGUACCAGAAACUGGAAGCAAUAACCGGAGUCAAGAUGUUUGUUAUUAUCCGCAGUUUAACAGGCCGGCAGGCUGGAAGGCCGAAAUCGAGCUCGUGGACCCGAGCAUUCAACAAGAGCCUAGAGAGCCAUCGAAUUCCCGGACCCCUGUUGAAUCGGCGAACAACGUUCCAUAUAAUAAAUCAGAUGAGGAUCCUGCCGUUGACGCCAGAUACACACCUUCCCGUCCAAACGAGACAACGACUUUCCCCUCACCAAGCGAUUCGUCACAACGCCGAGCAGGCUCUCCUGUGCCGCCAUAUAUGCGACGCUCUCUGGAAAACCGCACCAGCCGAGAGCAAGGAGCCCCAAUUAUACUGACUGAUGAAGCAACGAACGGAGGUCUUCGUGCUCCAGGAUUGACCCCGAUGUUCCAAGUCGAUCAUUGCGAAAUCCCGCCAUCUCACCAUCCCAGCCAAGCGAAUGGCAAAUUUGCUCGCCAAUGGGCACGACUCAGUCAAUCUGCGAAGGCGAAGUCACGAGCCCAGCGCAGGAAUGAGCAUCACGGUGGAAGAGCGCAGGAUGGGAAACCCUCUGUUGAUCGGUUCGACAGACUUGAUCCACCCGAUGAAGCUGAGCUGGGUUCCAUUGACGCAGAACUUACUGCUGAAUUCGACAACGAAGCUGAAGACCGAAGCACUGAGCUUCAAGCAAGUGUGUCACGGCCUGGACGUUGGGUGCGCCGGUUUUCGCGACACUGGGAAGGCAGACGCUUUUCACGCUAUCAGCAGGAGAUAUCACAAUCAUCCUCUGGCAAUUCCUAUCAUGACUGUGAUUCAACCAGCCUCAAACGAGCCAAUUCCACAAAAAGCAAUUCACCAGACGAGAACUGUCUGGAUAUGCCUGGCUCCUUUGAGGGAAGUCGUUGGGCAAGUCGGUUGAGUAGGUUUUUAUGA